AGUCAAUAAGGAGUUAGGGAGAUUUUCAACAUCAAAGUAUCAUGCAUUAGAAAUUUGAAUAAAUACUACUAACAUAAAGAUAUAGUUUAGAUCGUUUGAGUUUUAAACGAUAUAAAAUAUUUAUCUUUACUGAAUCUUGAUAGAGUAGUAGGUUACUUCUUGAAUUAAGAUCAAAGUAAAAUAAAGACAGAAAUUAUUAGCGGUUCAAAGCUAUUUGAUUACAGAGUAUCAGGUAAUGUAUGGGAGAAAUUAUACGCAAACCAACAUGAACUAAUCAUCAUAAUUACUCGAAAUCUCCCAAAUGAACUAGUGAAAGACAGGUAAUAACUAGUGAGUAUUUAAUUUUCUUAUACACAAUCUAGAUUAUUUAAAGGAUUUAAAGAAGGAGAUCAAGCUCUAUAGAAUAUUGUUACAAAACUGUUGGAUCGGUUGUUUAAAAACCAAUAUAUAGGUUUGGAUAUGCUGAUGCCAAUUCACUGGAAGUAGUUGACAAAAAAAUCCUGAGCCUGAGUUGACACUCGUCAGUAAUGCGUAUUUUCAAUCUCGAUGGAAUUGAUGAUACCUGCAGGAUUUGAACCCAGGCUACCCAGCUUUGUAAUCUGAGAUAUUCGAACUUUUUCAUAAUUCUAACGUAUCCAGAAUUAAAAUACAACAAUAUGGAAAUAAAUUUACUAUGAUUCUUUCAUAUGUCAAUAGUUUACCAAAAUUCCAUAUUUCACUAAUAUAACUCUUCACAUUUAAAAUAUGAUCUUUAUAUAGUGUAUUUUAUUUCAAAUUAUUUCGAAUUACUAUAAGAAUGCAACAAAUAAUUGAAAUGGAAUAUUUAUUCACUUGAAAGAUUUACCAAAAAUAUAUUCAUUUAUUUAAGGCUACUACAACGAGUUGUAACAUUACAAUUACUAAGUAAGAUGAGACUAUAAUUUAUGAACGACCUUUGUGCAACGGUAAAAUAACCUUGAAAAUGUCCACUUACCAGGUUUAAAUGGAUGUUAUAUAUUAUGAUUUAUAAUUGAUGUUUAGGGUUAGGAAUUAGAUUCAACAUUUUCAUCGCGAACUGACAGAUAAAAUGUUAAAACGUUAUUUGGCCAAAUGUAUGAAUGAAUUUCACGCCAAAAUUCAAGACCUGUUAUCUUAUAUCUGAUUGGCUCGUCCAUAAAUUAUAGUCCUGAUCUUAGUAAUUCAAAAUAAAAUUGAUUUUGAUGCCAUUUCUUUAUUGCAAAACCUAUAUGAGGAUUUUUCACAAUUCAAUUUAUUACUACCUAUUCAUUUAUUUACUUGAAGUAAUUUCGUUCUAAAUGUAUAAUCAGAUGUGUUUUGAUGAUUAAUACUAUUGUGUUCAAAUUGUAGGCAGUUGAUGAGGAACUGUGAGGAAAAUAGUCAUCGGAGCCCAUCACAAAGCACGCAUAACAUGAAUACUCGAAAAAUCCGCACAUCACAUAUAGUAUAUUGUAGAUUAUGGAAAAAAUUGCCCAGUAACUAUUGAUCGAAAAUGACAAAUAAAAUUUUAAAGAGGUCAAACAUUCAGAACUAUCUUAUGAGUAAUUACUGUCUAUAUUUUCAUUAUUUAAUUACUAAGACCUCGGAUUAUUGUAUUUCUCCAUUGUCCUAUUCAAAUGCCCUAAUUUAAUCUAUUUUAAGUAAACAUUAUUGACGAAUACCAAUUAUUUCAGAACCUAGGUUUAAGGUGACAUAACGACGAUAUUCAACCAUGUAGAUUGAAAAUAAUUAUUUUCUAGUCUUGUAUAUGACUGAUACAAUGUUUAUAUUGUAGUAGGGAUUGAAAAUGUAAUGCUAAUCAAUACAUAGUUGAAAUAAAGUGAAGAGGAAGGAAAACAGAGAGCACUUUGGAGUAUGAAGAAGUAUGUACAGGAUAAAUGAAGAUGUCCAAAUAAUGUAUGAUUCUCAUAUUUGACAAAGGCACUGUGUAAUUUACACUAAACAAUCAACUUGUUUUACCCACUAGUGUUAGAUAUAAUUACAAAUAUACAUUUAUUUCCAUUCGGAGUUUGCAUGUUGUUUUCUCUUCAUUUAUGAAGUCUCGAAAAGAUGGACCUCAUGACCUAACUUUAUUAGUGUCAGGACUUAUGUUUCUGUCAAAUAUCAUGUGGGAAAAUCGCCAAUCACAGGAUCAACUCCUAUGACCUUGUUCAUGGGUUAAAUAAUGGCACGUAAACCAGUACGAGCAGCCUUAAGUCAACUCUGAAUCCAUACGGGUCCGUGAUAUAGUAGCUUCUCGACUAACACAAUCGGUCCAAUCUAGAACACAAAUAUCAGCCUCGACCGCAUGAAUCAUAUAUUUCAGAUAUACUUGGAUUAUAUGCAAGCAGACCAGAUCGCACCAAGCUAUAAAAUAAGGAAUAGUAAUUAUGCAAGAUCAAGCCAAAUGAAGCUGAGAGUAUUCACCAUUCAUCUGAUCUUCUUCAUAUAAGAAUAGUGUUUAUUUGACCUAUUAUUAACAAAACGGUUAUCCCAGAAAAAUAAAAAGCAGAUUUUAUACCGUAGUUGAAGAACAUCUCAUAGAUUAAAGUUAAACUACUUAGACUAUUCGGAAUAGAAUUAAAGCACAAAUAUAAAAAAUAAAUUCUACACUAUAAUAUAUAGAUUGUAGAACAAAAAAAAGGAUAGACAGACCAAAUAUUACCGAUAAAAUAGAGUGACAAAUAUACUUGCGAAAAAUAGAUCAAGAAAGAUCAAUCGUUUCGCUUUUCACCAUCAUCUAGGUCAACUGGAAUUUCAUUGUAUCGUUUCUCAUUUUACUGCAUGUGAACAGAUGCUCGCAUUCCUUUGACUAAGAAAUUACUGAAAGCUUGGGUAGUUGACAGGCUCAUUAAUUCGAUCAAUCAACAAUCAUUGGCAACGUUAACCUUCACAUUAUCUGUCAAAAAGCAAAACGUCUAUUCCAAAAGAUAUUCCAAUUGAAUAAGAGUAAAAUAUAACAGUUUCUCACAACUCAUCACACUUAAAAGUUCUAGGACAAGCUAAUAAAACAGUAGUGAAAUGAAUGGGAUAUGGCGUUAAUCAUUUUAGAUGUGUAGUGUUUACAGUAUUGUCUAAGAGGACAAUGAAAACUUCAUGGUUGAAGCGAUCAGUUGGUCAGUCAAUUUUAAACAAUGAAGAACCUGACACAGGUAAAUUGGUUAACGUUAUCACGCUACAUCAGAACAGUGAGAUAAACUUAUCAAGACAGGUACCAGAGUAGUAACUGGAGUAAAAAUAUCAGUAGUAGUAGAGAACGUUAUCCGUUCAUAAUUUGAUUCGAGACGAAGCAAUGAACUCACUGAGCAAAAACUACGGACUCCAACUGGAGCCCCUCCGGGGGCCGCUGUCGGUCACAAGCCCUGAUAAAGCAGGAGGGCUAAGCAUGGGGUUAGCGAUCCCAUCCCGUAGAAAACUAACUCGCUAAAAGAGUGCUAACCGGAAAUAAUUAUUCAAACCUUUUAAACUCUGCCCUGGGAGUCAGAAGGUCUUCAUUUAGAAGUGUUAUGACGCCUCAUGAUGAAAGCCGAGUUCCUUCGGAAGUCAUGAGGACGAUGCCCCUUCUGACAACCAGAGCAACCACUUAUUUAGGUACAUGGAAUGCUCGUACAAUAUGAGGGACUGGGAGAGUCUUCCAAAUCGCUACAGAAAUGAGGAGAUACAACCUGGAAGUGCUUGGAAUCAGCAAAACACAUUGGACACAAGUUGGACAACAACGACUAGCUUCAGGAGAGCUUCUGUUAUACUCCGGCCAUGAAGAAGAAAAUGCACCACAUACACAAGGAUUUGCAUUGAUGCUGUCCAAACAAGCGCAAAAUGCGCUUAUAGGAUGGGAAUCUCAUGGACCAAGGAUCAUCAAAGCCUCCUUCAAAACAAAGAAAGAGGACAUUUCAAUGAACGUCAUCCAAUGCUAUGCGCCUACCAACGACUACAAUGAAGACGCUAAAGAUCAAUUCUACAAUAGGCUGCAGUCAAUCGUUGAGAAGUGCCCAACAAAGGACCUGAACAUUCUGAUGGGAGAUUUAAAUGUCAAGGUUGGAAUGGACAACACCGAAUAUGAAGACGUCAUGGGAAGACACGGACUGGGAGAAAGGAACGAAAACGGUGAGAGAUUUGCAAACCUAUGUGCCCUCAAUAAACUGGUCAUAGGCGGCGCUGUAUUCCCACAUAAACACCAUUCGCAAAACCACAUGGACUUCACCGGAUCACACUACGCAAAACCAAAUCGACCAUAUCUGCAUCAACAAAAAGUUCAGGAAGACGAUGGAGGACGUGAGAACCAAGAGAGGAGCUGAUAUAGCAUCAGAUCAUCACUUGCUCAUCGCCAAGAUGAAACUGAAACUCAAGAAGCUGUAGUGUCAGUUAUUAUGCCAAGCCCAUAUACCUUAUUCUAUCUUUCGGACAUCCCAUUUUAUUCAUUCUGCUUGAGCUAUACUUUGACCUUGUUAUUUAUUCGCUUAUCAAUCUAGACUGUUUUUAUAUGAGCGUAUAUGUGUGUGCCCUUCUUAUUCCAUUAAUCACAUGUCUGUAGCUUUAUUUUGUCUGACUAUAAAUAUUGAGUAACGCUUGACAAAGAUGGAGUUGGCUUCCCAGCCAUCUUCCCUGCGCGUCAUUUUGCUCUGUUCUAUUACAUUCACUUUACAUACAAAAUAUAUGUAUUCAAAGGUCAUUCUCGUUAAUUGACUUAUCUAAAUUGCGUUAUUGACUAACGUGAUUUAAGUCGACUAUGAUAUACGAGAAUCAGCGAUAACAAACAUUUAUACAAUCUAAAAGGGAGUCAGAUCCCCGGGCCCCAUAAAGCACUGGACAACGGGACAGACAAUAUCACAAUAGUUUAACACGGCUUUUCUUCGGGAUACUGACAGACUCAACGAAUUCAAGAUAGUCCUCAGCAAUAGAUUCCAGGCAGUUCAUGAUCUACUCAAUGGAGAGCAGCUGGAAAGGGAUAAAAGAGGCGAUCACUUCAACAUGUUAUGAGGUUCUGGAUCGCAAGAAGCCCCAUCACAAGGAAUGGAUCACUGUUGAUACACUGGAUAAGAUUCAAGAAAGGAGGAACAAGAAGGCAGCAAUCAAUACCAGCUGAAUAAGAGCAGAAAAAGCCAAGGCACAAGCUAAAUACACAGAAGUAAACGAACAAGUGAAGAGGAGCAUCAGAACCGACAAACGUAAAUAUGUGGAAGACUUAGCAAUGACGGCGGAAAAGGCUGCAAGAGAAGGAAACAUGAGAGAACUGUCCGACACGACAAAGAAACUGUCUGGAAAUCACCGUUAAGCAGAACGACCAGUGAAAAGCAAGGAAAGCAAGGUAAUCAACAACAUUGAAGAACAACAAAACAUGUGGGUAGAACACUUCGAAGUACUCUUGAAUCGACCAACCGCACUGGACCUACCCAACAUCAAAGUAGCACUCACGGACCUCCAAAUCGAUGUUGGCCCACCAACAAUUGAAGAGAUAAGCAUGGCCAUCAGACAAAUCAAGAGUGGCAAAGCAGCAGGACCAGACACCAUUCCAGCAGAGGCACUGAAAACAGACGUAGCAGUAACUACAGGGAUACUCGACAUUCUCUUCAGUAAGAUUUGGGAUGAGGAACAAGUACCAAAAGACUGGAAAGAAGGACUUCUGAUCAAAAUACCAAAGAAAGGCGAUCUCAGCAAGUGUGGUAACUACAGGAGCAUCACUCUUCUCUCAAUACCGGGAAAAGUCUUCAACAGGAUAUUGUUAAACAGCAUGAAGGACUGCGUAGAUUCCCAACUUCGUGACCAAUAGGCAGGAUCCCGUAAGGAUAGACCGUGUACAUACCAACUCUACGAAUCAUUGUGGAACAAUCAAUUGAAUGGAAUUCAUCACUCUACAUCAACUUCAUUGACUACGAGAAAGCAUCUGACAGCAUAGACAGAGCAACACUAUGGAAGCUUCUUCGACACU